AUGGCUUCUACAAAGAACCAGGUCUACGGUCUCGAGGGCAAAGUGGCUCUUAUUACGGGAGCCGGUCGAGGCAUUGGACGCGGCAUCGCUGUCGAGCUAGGACAACGCGGCGCGUCAGUCGUCGUCAACUACAGCAGAGCCGACAAGGCCGCCGCCGAGGUGGUUGCAGAAAUUGAAAAGGCCGGAAGUCGCGCCAUCGCGAUCAAGGCUGACGUUUCCAAGGCGUCUGAAGUCGCCCGGCUGUUCAAGGAAGCGCUCGAGCAUUUCGGCCGCCUUGACAUUGUCGUCUCCAACUCGGGCACCGAGGUCUUCAAACCAGAGGACCAGGUCACGGAAGAAGACUAUGACCGCAUCUUUGGCCUCAACACGCGAGCACAGUUCUUUGUCGCCCAAAACGCCUACAAGUCACUUCAGAACGGAGGCCGAAUCAUCCUCACGUCUUCCGUCGCGGCAACCAUGUCGGGAAUCGGCAACCACGCGCUCUACGCCGGUAGCAAGGCUGCGGUGGAAGGCUUCACCCGCAGCUUUGCCGUCGAUGCCGGUCACAAACAAAUCACUGUCAACGCGAUUGCUCCGGGAGGUGUCAAGACUGACAUGUAUGAUGAAAAUGCCUGGCGUUAUUCACCGGGAGCAACUCCCUCUUCGUCCAUUGAAGAGAUUGACAAGGGUUUGGCCAGCUACUGUCCUCUGGGAAGAGUUGCUGUGCCCCAGGAUAUCGCACGAAUUGUUGCCUUUCUGGCACACGGCGAUAGUGAAUGGAUCAAUGGUCAAGUCCUUCUUCUCACCGGCGGUUCUUUCACGUAA